ACCAAAAUCAUCCAGUUUCAUAGUUUGCUUGUUUAUACGUACUUCGUUUGCAAAUACAGAACAAAACAUAAAGGUCUCAACUUGGUUGACACUGCUCUAUCUACAUUUUUCCAAAGAUGGGGAAAGGCAAGGCAGAAGUCGGUACGCCCAAGUACUUGGCCAACAAGAUGAAAGCCAAGGGUCUGCAGAAGUUGCGCUGGUACUGCCAAAUGUGUGAGAAACAAUGUCGAGACGAAAACGGCUUCAAGUGCCACACAAUGAGCGAAUCACACCAGCGGCAGAUUCUGCUGUUCGCUGGAAACGCUGGUAAAUUUAUCGAUAGCUUCUCGUCGGAGUUCAUGACCGGAUAUAUGCAAAUACUUCGUCGUCAGUUCGGGACGAAGCGAGUUGCAGCGAACAAGGUUUACCAGGAAUAUAUUUCCGAUCGGCAUCAUCUGCACAUGAACGCUACCAAGUGGCAUUCGCUAUCCGAGUUUGUCAAGUUUCUGGGUCGAAACGGGCACUGCGUUGUGGAUGAAACCGAGAAGGGCUGGUACAUCUCAUAUAUUGAUCGAGAUCCUGAAACUUUAGCCAUGCAAGAAAAAAUGGCAAAGAAACAAAAAAUGGAUAAGGACGAUGCUGAACGGUUGGCUGAGUUCAUCGAGGAGCAAGUUCGGCGAGGACAGAAAGAGGAGGAACCUACCACUUCUUAUACGGAACUUAAACGAGAUCAUGAAGAUGAAACCAUUAAAAUAGACUUGAAGCUUGGAUCCUGUUCCAAAACCGAAACGAAACCUAUUAAAUUAGAGAAACGUCCACAGGAUGUGCUCGAAGUAAAAAAGGAGAAGAAAUUUAAAUCAGGAUCGACAAGUAGUGAGUUCAAAAAACCAUCGGCAUUAGAUGAAUUAAUUCGCGAGGAAGAGAUGAAAAAGGAAAAAAGUAAUCGGAAGGAUUACUGGUUGGCUGAAGGAAUCGUUGUAAAACUCGUUACCAAAUCGCUCGGUGAUGACUACUACAAGGAAAAAGGUGUGGUAGUAGAGAUGAUAGAUAAAUAUCGUGCAAAAAUCAGACUGCUGGAAACGGGAGAUAAGCUUAAGGUUGAUCAGGCCCAUUUAGAAACAGUUAUUCCGGCGGUUGGUAAGCAGGUGAAGGUACUUAACGGCGGUUAUCGGGGAAACAUCGCAGUGCUUAAGGAAAUCGACACCGACAAUUAUUGUGUGACAAUCGAAAUCGCCUCCGGUCCACUGAAGGGAAGGAUCCUUAACAAUAUACAAUACGAAGAUAUCAGUAAAUUAUUCUAGGAUUAAAAUUGUUUAUUGAAAUGUAAAGCAAAAAUAAAAUAACGGUGUGUGAACAAGUACCUACUAUAGUUACUAAAUUAUAGUAACUAUAGCACCUACCGCAUAUUUUUUUAUGAAACCGA